CAUUCCACCUAAACCCCAAGACCCAAUUCAUCAUCAUUAACGUUAACGAUGCAACAAGCAAUCCCUUACAAGCCAUGGCCACCACUCCACUCGGCCGCCACUCUCCACCCAACGUCGCCGCCGAUUACCCAGAUCGAUGUUCUCGACAUGGUCUCAGAGAACCCAGUAAUCGUGGUUGCCAGAAAAGGGUGUUGUAUGAGCCAUGUGGUCAGGCGGUUACUGUUAACGCUCGGGGUGAACCCGGCAGUUUACGAAGUCGGUGACGAGGAGGAGGCAGCGGCGUUGAAUCGACUGGAGAUGAUUGGUAAAGGCGCCGGUUCCGGAGAUGAUACUGCCCUGAAGGUGCAGUUUCCGGCGGUGUUUAUUGGGGGAAAGCUGUUUGGGGGAUUGGAUAGGAUUAUGGCGACUCAUAUUAGUGGGGAAUUGAUUCCUGUGUUGAAACAAGCAGGUGCUUUGUGGCUUUGAUUGGUGCAAUUUUCUCGAACUUAAAAUUAAUUAAUUUUUCUUCUUCUUUUUAUUUUUAAUUGUGACAUUUUUAUUAUAUGUAUGCUUGAUUGCUUGUUAACUUCUUGACCUUUGAAAGCUGGAGGUGUAGGGAGAAAAUAGAAGAUUGAUUUUUUUUAAUUAUAGGGGAAUUUUAAGAAUUUACCCUAUUGGAAUUUUAGGAAAUGUAAUUUUGUUCUAUAGAAUUAUAAAUCAAAUAUGCAAGA